AGGCAGCCCGGGAAGUUUGCUGAGCAUCCCUGAGACACCGCAGACCGCUGCCUCGCUGUAGGGGAGAGUCACACGGUGCUGCUGCGGGGGAGGUUCAGCUGGACUCGACGCGUUUGCUGGCUGGUCCCUGCUUGGCCCGGAACAGAGUCGGGGAGUGGAGAAAGCAGGAAGCCAGAAAGAAGCGGCUUCGGGGGCAUUUGCCUGAGACCAGCGCAGCUGCAGGCGCGCCAGACCCGUCACCCACUCGCAGGGGACUAGGAGGACACCCACAGAGACACCCCAUCUUCUCCAGGAUGCUGGAUCGCCGAAUGCCCCCGAGCGGCAGAGGCGAGCUGGGAGUGUGCAGGCAAUAGCUCGGGUGUAAACGUGGCGGAGUGCGAGCUGCCUAGUUUCCAGCCCGUGUCGGCUUCUAACGAAUGCACGGGAGUGAGCCCAGCGAAUCCGAACGUUUACGCCUGUGGCUCCAGCCCGAGCCGGACACGACGCGGGGUAGAUUCUAGUCGGGCAGAGGGCAGGGGACCCGGAGUGGGGAUUUAAAGCGGAGCGUGCUGUUUUGACAGGUUCUUGAUUUCACUGCCACUGCUGGAUGUUGACAUGCAACAACUACUGAAGCCUGGGGCAUCCUCAAACGACUCAGAGAACUUCAUUAGAGAAUGUGACUUGAACUCCCUCUUGUGGAAAGAUAUUGGAAUUAAACUUUCAUGAUUUUUAAAAACAAAACAAAUUAUGGCAACAGUUACCAUGCCAUUUGUUGCUACUUUCACCCCUCCAGGAAAUGAAGAAUCUGACUCUCUAAUCGUGCUACACUAUAAUUAUACAGGGAAACUUAUUUUAAGAGAAAAGGCAACUGAUCGCAUAGGAUUAACAACUGUUUCAUUUCUGAUCAUAUGCAGUUUUAUAGUCCUGGAAAACUUGAUGGUGUUGAUUGCCAUAUGGAAAAAUAACAAAUUUCACAACCGUAUGUACUUUUUUAUUGGCAAUCUAGCUCUCUGUGACCUAUUGGCUGGAAUUGUUUACAAAGUAAACAUUCUUAUGUCUGGAAAAAGAACUCUGAGCCUGUCCUACACAAUCUGGUUUAUUAGGGAAGGAAGUAUGUUUGUUGCCCUAGGAGCUUCCACUUUAAGCUUAUUAGCCAUAGCCAUUGAAAGACAUUUAACUAUGAUUAAAAUGCGGCCUUAUGAUGCAAAUAAAAAGUACAGAGUCUUCCUUCUUAUUGGAACAUGUUGGCUUAUCUCAGUUUCCCUGGGUGCCUUACCAAUCCUCGGCUGGAACUGUAUCAACAAUUUACCAGACUGCUCAACAAUUUUGCCUCUUUAUUCCAAGAAAUAUGUUGUAUUUUGCAUAAGUAUCUUCAUAGCCAUUUUGGUGGCCAUUGUUAUCCUUUAUGCACGUAUUUACAUACUGGUAAAAUCCAGUAGCCGUAAUGUCACUAAUCAUAGUAACUCAGAGAGAUCUAUGGCACUACUUAGGACAGUUGUUAUUGUAGUUGGUGUUUUCAUUGCCUGUUGGUCUCCAUUAUUUAUUCUGUUGCUUAUAGAUGUAGCCUGCAGAGUAAAAGAAUGUGCCAUUUUAUACAAGGCUGACUGGUUCAUUGCAUUGGCUGUCCUCAAUUCUGCGAUGAAUCCCAUCAUCUACACUUUAGCCAGCAAGGAAAUGCGUCGGGCUUUCUUUCGCCUUGUUUGUGGUUGUCUAGUGAAGACCAAUGUGUCUAGAUCUUUACCUAUUCAGCCCACUCCAGAUCAAAGCCGAAGUAAGUCUAGCAGCAGCAAUGCACAGAAACCAAAGGAUGAUUUCCCACAGACUAGUGUUCCCUCAAGUAUAACUGAAAAAGAUAAAUCACCAUUUCAGAACGGAAACUUGUGCAAAUGAAGGACUCAGCAAGUCAAGGACUCAUCUAUGGCUUUUUAGGAUUCAAUUACAAAUUUUCAAUUUUUAUGCACUUAAAUCAUAUCUUAAAUCAUAGGGGAAAAUGCUAACCACUUAUUUAACUGAGUGUCUGUUUAUCACAUGACUUGUUUUGGUUUGGGUUUUAAUUCUGUAAAAGAUCUGACUCAGGAAAGCUUUUUCUGCUACCCAACAGUCUGCAUAAAAUCCUUGUGUAUCAUGAUGACAGGUAUGACAUCAGUGUAUGUGGUAAAGUCUGAUCUUACAGUACAUCUACAUCACCUACAAGAAACAUCAGCUAUUACACAUAUCCCACUAUCCUGUUUAUUGUUAAUUGGGACAAAGGUUACUUACAUUAUACAAAGUGCAUUAUAGUUCUCUAUACAUAUCUUGCUAUUAUGUUAAUAGCCUUACAUGUAUGUGGUAUAAAUAACUGUAUAUUUGUACAUUUCUUUAUUAAAUAGCAAUUGUAUGGCAAAAGUUUGUAUUAUGCUACGCAUAGUAUUACAGUAUAUAAUGCAAUAAUACAGAUUAUACAAGUAUGUAGAAAUUUCAAAUAGUAUGUUUGAAAAUGUAUGAAGUAGUAAUCCUGAACUGAGUAGAUGAAGAUGCUAUGUCUACUAAGUACUUUUUCUUGCAACCAGUAACCACAGAUUGCUCAUAUUUACAUAGUAACAGUAUGAUCACUAGGGCUGUGGCCAAAUUUUUUUUAGUUUAUUUUAAGCAAAUUGUAGCAGAUAACCACUGACAGUGAGUAUAUAUGUUUGUUAGUCAAGGUAGUUAAAAUACGAUCUAACAAUUCACACAUAUAUCAAGUGCAGGUACUUUUCAAUGCAUGUAUUUUUACUUACAUUUUUAAAUACUGUAUACUGCAAACAGUAUGUCAAACCUGUGAAAGUCUUUACAAAGUGGCAUUCUUCUACAGUUAAAGCAGGCUUCCUUUUAAAAGGCAAUGGACCAUGACAAAAUACUUUCAGAACCUGUGUAGUUCCAUCCACGAGUUAGUACAGCAUAGAGCUGUAUUAAAAUCUUCUAGAAACAGAUCCAGAUCAUGCAGAACUGUUCAUUUGGAGUCAUGCUGCACAAGAGAAGGGAAUCAGAAUUUGUUCGUCUGGAUAUGGAAUGACUGCCCAUGAGUCCACUGGGGACCAGUCCCUCUGUACCCACCUUGGCACCCCAAAUCUAUCCCCUCUGAGGACUCUGUGGACUUUUCCUGCCCCACUGUCCCCUUCCAAAUGCAUUCUCCUUCGAGGAGGUAGUCUGGUCCAUUGUGAUUAACAGCUCAUAAAUAUAUGGGCCCAGAGCCUUGGCUGGUCUAAAUCAGCAUAGCUUGCUUGAAGUCAGUGCAGCAUGCCUGAUUCACACACAAGUAUAAAUGAAUUGUGCUUUAAGGCUAGGAUUUGCCAAAGGAACCUAUGUGAAUUAGGUGCUCAGAUUAGCUCCCAUUGACUUUCAAUAGCAGUUGAGCACCUGUUGUCCCCAUUUGAAAAUCCCUGUUUAAAUGAAUCAAAACAAGCAUUAGAGUCAUAGAGUUUAAGACCAGAAUGGACCACCAGAUCACCUAGUCUCAGUGCCUGUAUAUCACAGUCUCCCACCGCACCCAGCACCCACACAUUAAAUUCAACAACCAAAAUUAAACCAAAGUAUUACAGCCCACAGGAGACUAUAGAUUAUUAUGUGCCAUAGGGAAAGAAGAGGUGCACCACUGCCUGAAGCCCCCGCAAUGGCAGGAAAUCACUAAGUAAGGUAUCGUAAUCCUCAAACAAUCAUAACUCUUGUUAAUUCACAACUUACAAAAACUGGCGCUUAGUUUUUUUUCUCUUCUCUUAAUUAAAGCAGCUGUGUUUAAAGAAUAUGUCCAAGUAUGUACAGUGCAUAAACCCUGUAAUGUAUGUAACAAAAGCCUUUCAACAUAUACCAUUUUGCCUUUUUAUUGUCAAGUGCAGGGUAAGAGUCUAUGUGUUAAAAAUGUCAGCAGUAGUCUUUUGACAGCUGUAAAAAGAAAGAGGCUGAUUUUGCAGCAACUGUGAAGAUACCAAUAAAUAUGAAAUUACUUGUAUAAAAUAAAGACUGCCCAAAGCAGAGAGUUAUAAUUUAUUAGCAACUUGAAAGAAAACCUUGGCAAAGAGUGGCAAGGAAACAAGUGUAAAGACCUAGGAGACUCAACUGUGGCUAUGAAGUGAAUCAUAGCUGUAGGGUUUGUAUGCGUAUUCGUUAUAAGCUAAACCGUGGCUGUAUUGUAGUUUCAUGGUUUGCUUCUUUACAUUUUGGCGUGAUGUGUGGUUAUACUCUCCAGUCUUGGACAGUUCUCUUGAAAUGAAUGUCAUUAAAAAUGUUUGCUAAAGUC